AUGGAAACCCUAACUAACAAGAGAGAACAACACGGCGGCCACAAGCAAUCCCUAAGCAACAAGAGACGACAUCGCUCUGAUUCGCCGGCGGCGGCGGCAGGGCCCCGCUGGCUGAUACUGAACAGCUGCAUCGACGACGAGGGCGGCGACUCCUCCGUUGCCGACGCCAAGACCACGGCGGCUUGCUGCACUUCCUCAAGCAAACCCUUCAUCAGCAUCUCCUUCGGCAUAGCAGCGCCGCCGGCAUGCUGCAGCCUGCACUGUGACUGGCUAGGCGGCGGCACGCACUCCAAGUCAGAGCCCGAUGAUGUCCGCAUCAUCGCCGGCCAUGAUGACGCCCUCCUCAUCAAGAUAAGGGUGCCCAGUCCAGAAGUGCGCCGUGGUCAGCCUCCAACUACUACGUUCGACGACCACUUCCUGUAUGAGGCAGGGGGCGGCGCCCGGCCGCCGUCGCUGUCGUUGCUCCCUGGCUUCUACGUUCCCGUGCAGUUAGGUUACAGGAAGCACCGUGAUCCUACUCCCCCAAUUUCGCUACCUGGGCAUGAACAAUACCGGCAUACUGCGCCGUGGCGAGGACGACCUGGUGGUGUGCCAGUACGAGAUGACGUGUGA